UGACAAGGAAGGUCACACCCAGCGGUGACGCAGUGAGUGGAGCGGGCGAGAAGGAAACGGCCACGCCCACCUGGUGAGCACAGAAGCAGUGGGGCGGAAGGCCCCUGGCUGUGGACAGUGACAGGAGGCUGCAGGUUUGGCUUUGGUUCCAGGCCAGGGGAGAGAACUGAAGGGCUGGGACCAGAGGCAGCUAUUACUACAAAAAUUCACAGGCAGAGGAGAAAGAAUCCAACCAUAGAGAGCUAUUGCGGGAAUAGAGAAGACCGGGGUUCAUCUUUAGAGGAGGAUAUUGAAGCAAAAAAAAAAAACCCAAAACAAAAAACCCUCCUAUCCCAAAGAGUAACGUCAAAUGGUCACCUGCCCAAAAAGAAUUCGUAGAAGAACUUACAAAAGACUUUAAAAAUCCGAUCGCUCUGGCUGCACUGGUUGGCAUGGAGUCCCGCAAGCGGAAGUGGAGCGAAGUGGCAGCGAUGGCGGAGACUCUGACAGCGGAGGUGGCGACUGCCACGGCCGAGGGUGAGGGGACCUCGGGUGAGAGAGACGUGUGGAUGGGGGUGGCGGCGGAAGGCUCUGGCGAGUCAGGGGAAGGCCUGGCCCCGCUGCCUGGGCUGUCCACCUCGGCAGCUGCCGACGACGACGACGAGGACGACUCAUUCAUUCCCCCGGCCAUCUGGGACCCGACCCGGAGCUCGGACUGGGACAGCGAGCGCCCGGGGCCGCAGUGCCUGCUGCGGAUCAAGCGGGACAUCACGGCCCUCUAUAAGGAGCCGCCCCCCGGCAUGUUUGUUGUGUCUGAUCCCCUGGACAUGACUAAGAUCCAUGCAUUGAUCACGGGCCCGUUAGACACUCCUUAUGAAGGGGGUUUCUUCUUGUUCCUGGUUCGCUGUCCUCCAGAUUAUCCCAUCCGCCCACCGAGGGUCAAACUGAUGACCACGGGCAAUAACAGGGUGAGGUUUAACCCCAACUUCUACAGCAGUGGGAAAGUCUGCCUGAGUAUUCUGGGGACUUGGGAUGGCCCUGCCUGGAGCCCAGCCCAGAGCCUCUCCUCCGUGCUGAUCUCCAUCCAGUCAUUAAUGAAUGAAAACCCCUAUCACAAUGAGCCUGGCUUUGAGCAGGAGAAACACCCAGGAGACAGCAAAAAGUACAAUGAGUAUAUCCGGCACGAGACCCUCAGAGUGGCAGUCUGUGACAUGCUGGAGGGAAAAUAUCUCUGCCCUGAGCCCCUGAGGGAUAUGAUGGAGAAGUCCUUUCUGGAGUAUUAUGACAUCUAUGAGGUGGCAUGCAAAGACCGACUACGCCUCCAAGACCUUCAAAUGGAGGAACCUUUUGGGGAGAAGCGAGGCUGCUUUGACUACGAGUUUCUCUUGAUUCGCCUCCGGGCAAUUCGUCGGAAGGUGCAGCAGAAACAUCAGGAGCACAGUGCUGUAAUAGACUCUGAUAGUUCAUCUAAAAUAGAGACUGAUGCGCAGGGGAGCUCAAGGGCCUAGAUGCCCCCCACCCCAUCACUGGGAUAAAGAGGCAUCACAUCUCCCCCAGCCCCAACAGCAUCCUGCCUGAAGCAAGAACCAAGGACACUCAGACCCCAGGGUGGGAGUGGGCUGUUGUUUGCAACCUUCUUGGCAUCCUGGUACCAAGGACCAUUUUCAUCCCUUGCCUAGGGCCAACCCCAAGGUACUGAUGCAGGAGAGCCCUGGAGCAUGGUUCUCUGGCAAAAAACUGAUGGACAUUUCCACUGGAGCAGUUUGUUGGGGAUAAAAGGCAAAGACUGCAACUUCCAGAGGGGGUUGCUCAGAAUAGUCACUGUGGAUACCAGAAGGGGGGAGGGAGGGAAACGGGGAGGGUGUCACAUGACCUGUCCAGGUGGUUGCCUGCCUGUCUCUUUCAGUCAUGAAGCUGGGCUUUCCCCUUGCUUAACCCAGCCCAGCCUAGUGUAACCUCCUGGACCUCAUUUCCUGUCUGUCACCACAAUUUUGUUUUCCCUAAUAUAUAGUCACUGUCCUAGACAGACCAAAGAGAAGGAACAGUGGUGGAGUCUGGGCUACUGGUCAGAAAGCUUUACCUAGCACCCCAAUAAAAAAAAAAUCAAAUGAGAGAGAUGGAGGAAAAACUAAAAAAAAAAA